UCACCACGCAGUAGUUGGAAGCUAAUCUCGUAGCAGUGAAAACGCGUUUUCCCUGGGACGAUCGCAAACCGAGCGAUCGACGUCAAGACAAAUAAAAAGAAAAAAACCAUUUGCAGUGUUGUAAUCACGUUCGAAUCCGGGCAAUUUUCCACUGCUGAAAUCAUUAUACGCGAUUAGUGAAUUCGGAGAAUGUCGUUGAUCGAGUCACUGGAUAGCAGUUAGUGCGGGAAAGAUGCCCGAAAAAGGAGGAAAAUGAUAAACCUUUUGGCACCAAGUGACAGACAGUUCCAUCUCGUGAAGGAAGAAAACGUGUGCUCUGAGAAAUCGGGAAAAGUGAGAGAGUGAGCGUAAACCGUCUGACGAAAACGAGAGAGGUAAACACCGUGGUUUGUGAAUUUCGGAGAGUUGUUGUAAUUAUCAAAACCCGUUCUAAUGGACCUAAUCGAUCUGGAUGGAAAAUGAUGAUCAAUAUGAGAAGAGCGGGUUAUGGAAAUGAAUCGUUAAACAUUUAGUUCUUGUUUUCAUCUAAAAUUAGUGGCGGGAAAUAAAAUCGUGUUGAUUUCCGAGAGAAAAAAAAUAAAUUGUUGCACACUGAGAGAGAGAGAAAAAAAAAACCGUCCCAUGAAAAUGAAUCGACAACGAUCGUCGGUGCGGAGCCGGGGUUCCUCCUCGACAACCACCAGUGAUCCGCGGGAGAAAGUGAAGGACUGCUGUCGGAAGUUUAUCGCAUUUAUGUGCACCCAGGUUGGCGUCGGUGGACUGAUUGUCGUGUACGCCCUGGUCGGGGCCGCCAGUUUUAUGUCGAUCGAAACCCAGGAACCGAAUCAUUUGAUGGAACAUGUGGCAAAUUUGAGACGAAACUGUGCUGCGGAACUGUGGGAAGUUACGGAGCAGCAUAAUUUGUUCAACAGUUCCGUAUGGCAUCUGGAUGCGGAUUUGGUGUUGAAGCGAUACCAGGACGAGUUUGCCGAAGCCAUAAAACGGGGUUACGAUGGACGAACGCCUGAGGAGGCGUGGAACUUCCCGGCGGCGCUGAUGUUUUGUUUGGCUGUCUUUACCAUGAUCGGCUACGGGAAUAUGGUUCCUCGAACGCCCUGGGGUAAAGGUGCUACCGUCAUCUACGCCACUUUCGGAAUACCGUUGUACAUUCUGUAUUUUAUGAACAUGGGAAAAGUUCUCGCUUCCACUUUCAAGUGGCUCUACACGUGGCUUCACGAGUGCAGCCAUGACAACGAGGACGAUCUAGCACUCGAGGAUGGUAGUGGAGUACCGCAGCGGAAACGGAUCAUUGUACCAACGACGGCCUGUCUGUGGGUCAUAUCAAUUUACAUUGCCACGGGGACGAUCAUGUUUGCGGAAUGGGAAAAGUGGUCCUACCUGGAUUCGGCCUACUUCUGUGUGACCAGUUUGUGCAAGAUCGGAAUCGGGGAUCUGGUGCCGGGGGCGAACAUACUGGAUUCGCAGAGCGGAAAACCGACCAAGCUGGUGAUAAAUUUUGUGUACAUGUUGCUCGGAAUGGGCCUGGUUGCCAUGUGUUACAUUCUGAUGCGGGAGGAGGUUCGAAUCAAGAUGCAGGAGAUUAAGGAGGACACCCGGCUCUGUCUGGAGGACAUGAGCUCAAAGUUUGCGAAGUGUUUUGGCAGUAGUAAGGAUGCCCAGUACUACGAUUGAAAUUCCAAUAGUAACAGAAACGAUGAUAAUUAAUAAAUACUUCAUUUCGUGUGUUUUUACGAGAGAUUUAUAAACAAUACGUAGUGAGAUUUUUAGUCUUGUCAGAGAUAACGUAAAUAAAGGAGCAGUUUACAUUCGAAGUG